AUGUUUGGCGCUACUGUAGAUCCGUCCGUUGUGCCCGACUGGAUGUCGUCGCCGCAAUCUGCGUCGGCAUCGGCAGAAACUGAUUUUGGCCUAGACCGCAUGCUAGAUUUGGUAUUCAUCAUUGACGCCACCGGUUCGAUGGGCUCCUAUAUUAACUCGGCGACGCGAAAUAUUGAAACAAUCUGUGACAACAUUGUACACUCUGAGCUGCUUUCUAGGACAGGCGCGCUGCGCGUCGGGCUAAUUUCCUACCGCGAUCAUCCGCCGCAGGACCAUGUGUAUAUUGUGCGAAACUUCGGCUUUACCGACAGCGUGCUUGACAUGAAAGAGAAUCUGAAUUCACUGUUUGCUGCGGGUGGUGGCGAUGGUCCGGAAGCGGCAACGGCAGCGCUUAAAGCUGUAACGGUUCUCGAUUGGCGCCCACAAGCGGCGAAAAUGGCAGUCCUUGUCACUGAUGCACCGCCGCACGGCAUUGGAGAGUAUGGCGAUGGAUUUCCUAAUGGAUCGCCGGACGGCGAAGAUCCCAUUGUGUUGGCGCGCGCCAUGUCGGCAAAAGGAAUUACGCUUUUUGUCGUCGCAUGCGAGCCUGCCUUAAGUGGCUACCAACACGCGGUGGACUUUUAUCAUGGACUUGUAAAUAUCACGGGUGGUAUACUUGUUCCUCUCACCACUGCCUCUCUUUUGAGCCAUGUCGUGAUUGCCGCAGCGGGCGAGGUGAUGGAUCUGGACCGCCUGCACCGCGAAGUUGGCGACGCUGUCCUUGAACGACUGUGCAGUUUAUCGAUUACAAAGGGCGAAGAGGCCGAUACCCAAGCAACGGAUCCGUCAGCAAAAAUAGUGGACCAAAUUGCACACGAGUUGCACGAAAAGCUGCUGCUUCGCAACGAGAGCACAAAGCAGCUGAUUGUGGAAAGUAUUUACCGGGAGAGCGAAGAAUCCACGCAUAAUAUCGCCAUGUGGACUCGCGCACUGGACGUUUCUACUGCGCGCCCACACAUCCGCAAGGUGGUCGGAUCGCGCUUGAGUCAAAAAUUCAUCGACGCACGGCGCACGGCGCAGCACAGCACCUCUCCUCCUCGCCCAGAAUCCACUGCGGGUCCCAUGAUGCGCCAUAUUAUCACCGACUUUAGUUCUUUCCAGGCGGAGCCUGGCGUGCGCAUUCAGGAUACAGGUGCCGGGCGCGCCGAUUAUGCGACGUUCCGCAGCGGCGCCGCCGACAUGGACGACGACGACGACGCGUUUAUGGCCGACACGUGUGCGGAGACCAGUGCACUCGAUAACGAGAUUCAUGUGCACGGCGAAAACGGCCAGCGUUUGUCCUACAGACACGACGCCAUCUCCCUUUCUCAGGCACGCCGUCUCGCUUGGCAGAGCGUUUCGCGCGCCGCGUAA